ACCAAGCUAAGCAAAACUACCAAAGAAAAAUGCGUUCCUUCACUUUGAUUGUCCUCUUCGCUCUGAUUGCCGUGGCUGCCGCUCAAGGUGGACCACAAGGUGGGCAACAAGGAGGCCAGGAAGGACCUCAGAAUGGUCAGCAGGGUGGUCAACAGGGUGGUCAACAGGGAGGUCAACAGGAUGGUCAACAGGGCGGUCAGCAAGGCAGUCAACAAGAAGGACCCCAAGAAGGACAACAGGGAGGUCCUCAGAAUGGCCAGGAGGGUGGCCAGCAGCAAGGAGGACCUGGCGGCUCAUGGGGUCUGCCUCCAAACGGAACAAUCUCGUCCAACAGCACCACAACUUCAACCACUGAGGCUAGCACCACUGAGGCCAGCACCACUGAGGUGUCCUCAACAUAGAA